CGAAGAAGCCAUGCCGCUGGACCAUCGCCGGGUGCCGGGGCCGGAGGAGUCCCAGACGCCGCUACUCUUCGCGCCCGUCGAGGCGUCGGAGGUUCCGCCCCGCGACCCGUCGGCGCUGCAGCCGCUCUUCGCCCGCGCGGGUCUGCUGAGCCAGGCCAAGGGCUCGGCCUACGUGGAGCUCCACGGCGGCACCAAAGUGCUGUGCUCCGUGGCCGGGCCGCGCGAAGCCGGCGGCGGGGCGGGCGCGGCGGCUCCGGGCGAGCCCCGCGGGCGGCUGGUGUGCGAGUUCCGACGGGCGCCCUUCUCGGGGCGCGGGGCGCGCAUCCGCCCCAACGAGCGGGAGCCCGAGCUGGCGCUGGCGCUGCAGGAGGCGCUGGAGCCGGCCGUGCGCCUGGCGCGCUACCCGCGGGCGCAGCUGGAGGUGAGCGCGCUGCUGCUGCAGGACGGCGGCUCGGCGCUGGCUGCCGCGCUGUGCGCCGCGGGGCUAGCCCUGGCCGACGCCGGCGUGGAGCUCUAUGACCUGGUGGCGGCGUGCGCGCUGUGCCGGGCGUCGGGCCCGGCGGGCGGAGAGUGGCGCCUGCAGCCCAGCGAGCCCGAGGAGCGCGCCGCCGACGCCCGCCUCACCGUGGCGCUCCUGCCCUCGCUCAACCAGGUGUCCGGGCUGCUGGGCAGCGGCGAGGGAGGGCCCCCCGACAGCUGGGCGCACGCCGUGCGCCUCGGCCUCGACGGAUGCCAGCGCCUCUACCCGCUGCUCCGACAGAGCCUCCUGCGCGCUGCAAAGCGCCGACCCGCGCCGGGCUGCCAAGUGCCGACCGACACAGACAUGGCUCAGCCUCCCGCCGCCACCGCCUGAACUCGGGGAGCUGCUCGGGCUGCGCCUCGCUGGACUCCUCCUCCGAUGUCUCUUUGGGCUUCAGUUGCAUCCGGGAUCUGAACGGGUGAAGUUGACUGGCCUGCUCCUUGGCGAGGAACCGCAACCACGGAGGGCCCAGUCGCGACCCAGGGAAGGCGAGCCGACCCCUUUUCCCCUGGAGGGCAGGCCACAUCCACACGAGACAAUCUCUGCAGCUCCGCACUCUGCGAGGGAAACUUUGACGGAGAGGGAGAGACACUUCCGAAAGUCUACCGCACCACCGUCCGGCGCAGAAAGCUACAGUAGUUUAUUAAGCAUGCCGGGAAUUAUUGCUCUGUGAAGUUUUCACCCAGUUCCUGGGAUUUGGGAGGGGAAAAAUCUGCUUUAAAUGUUGUAAAUAUAUGAUGUGUGUGUGCGUGUGCGCACAGACUGAGUCUCAAGAAAAACAAAAAAGUUUUAUUAGCCCUCAGAUUUCUCCAUUAAUAAGCUGCUGGUUGAAUCCAAAGUUCUACCGUGGUCUGAGUUUUCAAAUUGCUAUGAUUAUCAGUUUGGGAUAAGAAUCUGCAUUUGUUCAUUAGUCCAGUGUUGGCAACUGUUUGCUUUCAAAAUUCCAAAGUUUAAAAAUAUUACACUUUGAAAAUGUCAAGGAACAAAAUGGGUUAAUCCACACAUUCUGCUGCUUAACCUGCUUUCUUGGAAAGUUACCCUCAUUUCAAAGGAAUUUCCUUCCAAAUUAGUGUGUUUUGCAUUGAGGCAAUUGCCAAUAAGGUGACAUCAUUCUCUGCAUUCCUCCCCACUUCCCUGAAACUCCUUGCUUUAAA